GAAAUGAACGUUUCUUGUCAUUUCUUAUCUGUACUAUCAAAAAAAGAAGAAUAAAAAUAGUUAAUAAUGUUUUCGUGAACAUUUCCUUUAUUGUGUAAACGUAAUGUUUUAUAAUAAUGAUAAAAAUGUUGGCAUUGAUAUAAAACUGUCAGUAAAUUAUUCACAUAUAUAAACUUUUACAUCGUCGUUGUGAUUAUCAUUAAUAUUUUGUCUUAAUUAUAAAGAUUAUAUUACAAAAAUGUUUAGAGAUAAUUCAAAAAUUAUUCUGGAAGAUGAAUCAGCUUUAUCUGCUUUGUAUGUUGUACACAUUCGAAUGGAAGAUUUAUUAGAGAAAUUAAAAUUAUUAAACUAUGAUAUUGAAUUUGUACAAGAAUUAAGAAUGAAACCUAUAACUAGGCAUUAUUUUGCCAUACCAAUAAAUCCAGGAGAACAGUUUUAUACAUUUACUUCUUUGGCUGCAUGGUUAAUUAGAAAAGCUGGUAAAAAUUUUGAACCUCCACAAGAAUCUGAUGAUCCUAAUUCUACAAUAUCAUUGAUACUGGAUUAUCUUAGAGAGAUUGAUAUUCCGGUAGAAUUUCCACCAAACAAAUUAAAGCAAGGAACUGGAGAACAUGCUAUCUAUGUAUUAGAUAAUCUAGCAGAUAAUGCUAUAAAAGUACAAAAAUUCAAGUGGAAAAAAGCAGAAAUUAUACCUGACGAAGAAACACCUGAACCAGAAAUAGAAGAAGAUGAUGCAGAAUUAAUUUUAGAGAAAGUCGAAGAAGAAAUGAUGGCUGAAUAUGAUGAUGAGGAUGAUGAUAUUUUACACGUGGAUGAUAUAACAAAACUAUAUAAUCAGAAUAUGAAUGAGAUGUACAAGCCUGAAAAUAUUUUAGAGUCAAAAACAAAUAGGGAAGAGUGGCAAUUGGAGCUAGAAAGAGUUCUACCACAAUUAAAAGUAACUGUAAAAACAGAUUCAAGAGAUUGGCGUUUACAUAUAGAUCAAAUGAAACAACUACGUUCAGAUAUUACAACAAAUUUAUCUGGUACUAAAGGGCAAUUAGAUAAGCUAUAUCUCGAAAUAACAAACGUAUUAGAUAAAAUUAAAACACGAGAAAUUUAUUUAAAUAGACAACUGGAGCCCAUUUUAAAUGAAUAUAGAAUACUUCAAGAUGAUUUAUCAAAAGUUAAGGAACAGUACCGAGAUGUUAGUGGUGGUGUAACAGAAAGAACAAGAGUAUUAAAUAAAUUAACAGAGGAAUUAGAACACAUGAAGAAAGAAAUGGAUGAGAGGGGAUCUAGUAUGACUGACGGAACACCAUUGAUAAAUAUAAAGAAAACUAUUACAAAAAUGAAGAAUGAAAUAUCUGAAAUGAAUAUUCGCAUAGGAGUGUUAGAAUAUAGUCUGAUGUGUGCAAGAGUAAGAGAUCGUACACAACUUCAAGAGGAUAUGAAUAGCACUAGUAGCACUGUAAUUAUUUAAACGAAUCAUCUCUAUACAUAUACAUGUAUAACAAGGUUAUUUUAUUGAUUAUUAAUCCGUCCACUGUGUGAUAUUUUAUAAUAAUAUAUAGUUUAACAAAUA